UGCCUCUCUAUCUGCUCAGAUUCCCUCAAUCUCGCUGCGUACUUAGAUUCUGCGCAGAAAGGAUCCGCACUGACUCACCACUGCGCCGGUGGCCCCGCGACUGAUCCGAUCAGUAACUGGCAGGUGCCUUCCUGCAGCCUGUCCUCCGCGAGUCAGUCUCCUGUGCUUAAGCAACACUACACUUGAACUUCUACACUUGAACUUGUCUAUGUCUAUCAAGAGCCUUCCUCCCGUCCCUCCAGAGCUCAAGUCCAUUUCUCCCUAUCUGCAACGCGCCGAAGAGCUCGCAUCGCAAGAUGCCGUUGUUGCUUACUGGUGUGCAUGCUACGCAGCCCAGCUCGGCAUUGCAGCCAAAGCCAAAGAGCCCGCCUCCCGCAAAUUCCUCUUCGACCUCCUGGACAUCCUCGAGAAAAUGAAAGCACAGAUGAGCUCGAACGACGCGAUCGAGGACGAAGCAGCUGCCAGUGCUUACGUCGAAAACUUUGCGUUGAAAUUGUUCACCAUGGCAGACAAUGAGGACAGACGUGGGGAGGCGACUCGCAAAACAGCCAAGAAAUUCCUCGUUGCAGCCAACUUCUUCGAAGUCCUCCGCACCUUCGACAAGCCCGGCUCCUCCUCCACACCCACCGACAACUCCAACGAAGACAAGAUCCGCUACGCCAAAUGGAAAGCCGCUGACAUCGCCAAAGCCUUCCGCGAAGGACGCAAACCCACACCCGGCCCGGCUGGGUCAAGCGUCAACGCGAGCCCAAGCCCCGAGCCAGGUGCGCUUCAGGUGGAACAGGCGGUUUCUCCGCCACCGGGAUCGACCACGACCUCGCCCCCGCCGGCUCUCACGGACAUGCCGCCGGGCCCGGGCGCGUGGAGCACAGUGGCGACGGUGGGCACGCCGGGUGUAUCUGGCGGUAGGAGGAAUCUCGGCGCUCGCGUGAGCGGAGAGUUGGAAGGUAGAGAGCAGGAAGCUUUGGAUAUGGAGAGGCAGACGAUCCCGAGAGAGGUGUCGCCCCCGAAGGAGGUGCGGUUCACGCCGUCCGUUGCGGGCAGGUUUUCGACGCCCGGCGCACCUCCAACUCCCUCGACAGCAGCCACUGUCGCGUCGUCUCCCCCCGCACUCUCGGAGGAACCAAACCCUUACGAGCUCGCUACUGCGCCCACGCUCGACCAGCUCCCGCCAGAGAUCGUUCCAGAGUCGAUGGUGCCGUUGCCGGUGUCUCCAACCGUAGGAAGCGCAGAGCUUCCGCCCCCACCUCCUCCUUCACAGCCGUCGUUUGCCGCGCCCUUCCCACCGCCGCCCGUCACGGCUCCCUCGUUUGCGCCGUAUUCCUCCGGCGCACCGGUCGCGCCCCCUCCGCCCUUCAUCGCCCCUCGUCCUCCCGUCCCGCCUCCUUCCAUGAUCUCCCCUCCCCAACUGUACUACUCGCACCCACCACAAGCACAUGUUUCGGAGGUGACACGGACAGAGGCGGUGGAGCUGACUCCGGUGGAGAUGGCGCGUGCGCAGAAGCAUUGCAAGUUUGCGAUCUCGGCGCUGGAUUAUGAGGAUGUGGAGCAGGCGCGGAAGGAGUUGAGGGCGGCGUUGAGGAUGUUGGGUGGGUGACCGAGAUGAGAUUUCCACAUCAUUGAGUUAUCGAUGCUGAAAUGAAGUCUCUCGUUAAAAUUCUGCAUGUUCGCUAGCAUCUUUGACACAUACAUUUGAUUGCUCUGUCGGUCUCAUCAGGAAAGCUCAAAUCCGGCUUACGACACUUUUAUCCGC